CGGGUGGGUCCAGGCGCCGCGGCUGUCAGCUCCAUUUUGCGCCCAGUGAUCGUCGCGGGUAUCCGUGCGCUUUGCGAGGCCGCGUCGCCAGCUUUGUCCCCUCGGCUUGGAGCCCUUGCCUGGACGAUGAGACAUUCAAGGAGAACUUACUGUCCUAACUGGGACGAGAGAGAUUGGGAUUGUGGAAAAUGGAGAAGCAGCAGCAGUUACAAAAGAAAGAAGAGAUCACCUAGCAGUGCUCGGGAGAGCAAGCGCUGCAAAUACAAUCACUCUAAAACAUCUGAUAGCUAUUAUCUGGAUAGCAGAUCUAUACAUGAGAGAGAUUAUUAUAGUCGACGCUACAUUGAUGAAUAUAGAAAUGACUACAGUCAAGGAUGUGAACCAGGACACCAUCGAGACCAUGAAAGCAGAUAUCAGAACCAUAGUAGCAAAUCCUCUGGUAGAAGUGGAAGAAGUAGUUAUAAAAGUAAACACAGGAUUCACCACAGUACUUCGUAUCAUCGUUCACAUGGGAAGAGUCACCGAAGGAAAAGAACCAGGAGUGUAGAGGAUGAUGAGGAGGGUCACCUGAUCUGUCAGAGUGGAGACGUACUAAGUGCAAGAUAUGAAAUUGUUGACACUUUAGGUGAAGGAGCUUUUGGGAAAGUUGUGGAAUGCAUCGAUCAUAAAGCGGGAGGUAAACAUGUAGCAGUGAAAAUAGUUAAAAAUGUGGAUAGAUAUUGUGAAGCUGCACGCUCAGAAAUUCAAGUUCUAGAACACUUAAAUACAACAGAUCCCCACAGUACUUUUCGCUGUGUCCAGAUGUUGGAGUGGUUUGAACAUCAUGGUCAUAUUUGCAUCGUGUUUGAACUCCUGGGACUUAGUACGUAUGACUUCAUUAAGGAAAAUGGUUUUCUACCAUUUCGACUGGAUCAUAUCAGGAAGAUGGCAUAUCAGAUAUGCAAAUCUGUAAAUUUUUUGCACAGUAACAAGUUGACUCAUACAGACUUAAAGCCUGAAAACAUCUUAUUUGUGCAGUCUGACUACACGGAGGCAUAUAAUCCCAAGAUGAAGCGUGAUGAACGUACUCUAAUUAAUCCAGAUAUUAAAGUGGUUGACUUUGGAAGUGCAACGUAUGAUGAUGAACAUCACAGCACCUUAGUAUCUACGAGGCAUUAUAGAGCACCUGAAGUCAUUUUAGCACUAGGGUGGUCCCAACCCUGUGAUGUCUGGAGUAUAGGAUGCAUUCUUAUUGAGUACUAUCUUGGAUUUACAGUAUUUCCAACUCAUGACAGUAAGGAGCACCUAGCAAUGAUGGAACGAAUUCUUGGACCUCUACCAAAACAUAUGGUACAGAAAACAAGGAAACGUAAAUAUUUCCACCAUGAUCGACUAGACUGGGAUGAACACAGUUCUGCUGGAAGAUAUGUGUCAAGGCGCUGUAAACCUCUAAAGGAGUUUAUGCUUUCUCAGGAUACUGAACAUGAGCUGCUUUUUGACCUUAUUCAGAAAAUGUUGGAGUAUGAUCCAGCCAAAAGAAUUACACUCAAAGAAGCUCUAAAGCAUCCUUUCUUUUAUCCACUAAAAAAACAUUCAUAAAUGUGUAAUUAUAUAGUUCUCUUGAAAAGAUUUUAUAGACUGCAUCAGUCUGGUUUUUAAACUUAAGUUAUUUUAUACAGCUUUGUAAAUUUCUUAACUUUUUUUAUUGCUAUGUGUAUUUUGGAUAAUUCAGUAUGUUAUGUACAUAUGUAAUUUUUCAGUAAUUAUGAAAUGAUUUGCUCAGAAUAAAUUGUGUUUAUGAAAUUU